CCCGAUAACUCUCACCUCUGUCCUCCCGCCAGGGCGCAGUCUCUCCGCCUCUCACACCCACUAUGUCGUGCAGCUCCUUCCAGAAGGGCUUCAGAUGUGGCGACCGGAGCUUCAGCUCCUGCUCAGCUGUCCUCCCCCGGGUGGUCACUCACUAUGCAGUGAGCCAGGGGCCAUGCCGGACUGGGGGCAGUGGGAGCUUCCGUGCCCUGGGCUGCCUCGGCUCCCGGAGCCUGUGCAACGUGGGCUUCGGGCGGCCCCGGGUGGCCUCCAGGUGUGGCCUGCCUGGCUUUGGGUAUCGAGCAGGGACCACUUGUGGGUCUUCAGCCUGUAUCGCCCCUGUAACCAUCAAUGAGAGCCUGCUGGUCCCACUCGAGCUGGAGGUCGAUCCGACUGUCCAGAGGGUGAAGAGGGACGAGAAGGAGCAGAUCAAGUGCCUCAAUAACCGCUUUGCAUCCUUCAUCAACAAGGUCCGGUUCCUGGAACAGAAAAACAAGCUGCUGGAGACCAAGUGGAACUUCAUGCAGCAGCAGAGGUGCUGCUCGAGCAACAUCGAGCCCCUUUUCGAGGGCUACAUCUCCACCCUUCGGAGGCAGCUGGACUUCUUGACCGGGGACCGAGACCGGCUGGAGUCAGAGUUCCACUGCCUCCAUGACACGCUGGAGGGCUACAAGAAAAAAUAUGAAGAGGAGCUCUCCCUGCGGCCCAAUGCUGAGAAUGAGUUUGUUGCCUUGAAGAAGGAUGUGGACACAGCCUUCCUGAUAAAUUCUGACCUGGAGAUCAAUGCAGAAGCUCUGAUCCACGAGAUCAACUUCCUGAAAACCCUGUAUACUGAGGAGACGAACCUGCUCCAGUCUCAGAUCUCAGAGACCUCGGUCACUGUGAAGAUGGACAAUAGCCGGGAGCUGGACACUGAUGGCAUCAUUGCCCAGAUCAAGGCCCAGUACGACGAAAUUGCCAACCGCAGCAAAGCCGAAGCAGAGGCCUGGCACCAGAGCCGAUAUGAGGAGCUUCAGUUGACGGCCGGGAAUCACUGUGACAACCUCCGCGACCGCAAGAAUGAGAUCCUGGAAAUAAACAAGUUGAUCCAGCGGCUGCAGCAAGACAUUGAGAAUGUCAAAGCCCAGCGCUGCAAGCUGGAGGCUGCAGUGACCCAGGCGGAGCAGCAGGGCGAGGCAGCCCUCAAUGAUGCCAAGUGCAAGCUGGCCGGGCUGGAGGAGGCCCUGCAGAAGGCCAAGCAGGACAUGGCCUGCCUGCUCAAGGAGUACCAGGAGGUGAUGAACUCAAAGCUGGGCCUGGACAUCGAGAUCGCCACCUACAGGCGCCUGCUGGAGGGCGAGGAGCAGAGGCUAUGUGAAGGUGUUGGACCGGUGAAUAUCUCUGUGAGCAGCUCCAAAGGUGCCAUCCUCUACGAGCCAUGUGUGGUCAGCACGCCUGUGUACUGUCCAGGGAGCACCAGUGUCCUCAAGAGCAGUGGGGGCUGCGGCAUCGUGGGCACUCGUGAAAUCUACAUCCCCUGUGAGCCCCAGGGGCUGCUCGUCUGUGGGAGCAGGCGGAGCUCUGGUGUGAAGCCUGGGGCUGGGGGCAGCGCCUCCUGCCACAAGUGUUAGUACAGCCCCAGAGGCUAGUAGCCCAGGGGACAGGGCACAAGCUCCAGGCUGGGAUGUUGUCCCCCACAACCAGGCUUCAAGACAAGGCUGUUCCACGAUCCCACCUUUCUCUACUGAUCGAAGAUUCCCCUUGGGUUUUCACUGGGAGCUGCCCCUCAGGUAUCUUCAAGAGUCUCUUUUCACUUAGCUGUGUGCAGACCCUGAGCGAGGCCCUUGGGUGAGGGUAAGGUACAAAGGAAGAAAACACAUCUCCCAUCUCCCUGGACUGCUGACAGUCAGGAUCUAGUGUGACCAGGAAAAUGGCAAUGGCCCCCUAACACUUCUCUUCCCCAGGAGGUCAAAGGGGCACAUCACAGUUCUGCUUUGUGGAUCAUCCCAUGGAACUUGCCGCAUGAGAAAAGUUAACUCCUUCUAGCUCCCACCUAAUACAUGCACUAUUACAAAUAUCAAAAGGAGACACCCCAAAAUCCCAUCCCAAAUUCCCAAGCCAAAUGCCAGGAUUUCAGGAUCACUCGGAAUCUGUCAACGCUGCUCUCAGCACACAGAAUCAGGAGAUGGUCUUUGGGCAAUAGAUUUACCUGCUCAGCUGUGUUGAACUGGCACUAUAAAAAUACAUCUCUUUCCUGAGCUGAUAUUGGCAGCUGAUGGCAAAGAAAUGCCUAAAACAGAGGGACAAUCAAGAGCUGACAUUAUUCGUUCCAGGGAAUCAGUCAUGCCCACACCUUUUGUACAUAGCCACCCCCUGCCAGCUCCCUCUCCCUUGAGUUCCUCUUGCUUUGGGUCUGAUGUGAGCAUGUUUUCCUGGCUACAGUGCUAAGGCGCUGCCUCAGCAGGCUUGGAGGCUCUGCCUCAUGGGCUGUGAGGGAGGAGAAGGUGCUGAACUGGCCUCACCUCCCCAGAGCACACCCCCUCCCAAUAGUGCUGCCUCCUGCCCACCCAGGGAUCCACGUUUCUUCCAUGAGCCUCUGGGCUUGUCUAUUCCCAAUAAACUGUUCCCAGGCUACAGGAAUCAGGACUGUUCGCCCUGCUCCGAGGACAAUGAGGUUGAAGUGAAACCAAUGAACAGCUUUGGGGGCCUGGGGGCCAGUUGGGAGCAUUGGGAGUGGAAACAGAGGUUAUUAUACAAAUGGGAAAACUACAUGUGAAUGAUUGGCAAGUGGCCUGUGGAGUAAGUGUGGAGCCAUACAAAUUACACUUAAAGCCUGUGCAUCAUACCACAAGAGUUUAGAAGUCACUUUCCAUGUUAAAAAGCAUGGUCUGAUUCCCCACAGGCCUCCUCACCACAUGGUCCCCUGCAUACGUCCUAGAGAAAGCCCAUGGGGCCCCUUAUAUCAUGUCUGUACUCAGCAGCCUCCAGGGCUGGACUCUGCCUCCGCAGCCUGGACUACGUGUACCACAUCCACCUUUGAUGCAGGACAGAGUCAGGCCUGGGGCUGACAGGGAAGCUGGGUAGCAGCCUGGCCAGGGAGGGGCAUCCUCGAGGCGCCUCUCCCUCUCCACAGCCCCAAGGCCUGGAGCUGAGCUUGGUGGCAGCAGGUCCUCCCUCAGAGGGGCCCUGAUACCCUCCAUGUUGUUUCACGGACCCCUGUAACAAUCCCCCCACCAUAGAUGUCCCCCUGUGCUCCCUUGUCCUGAGCACUCCCUUACCGCACAGCCCUGCCUCACAGGGCAGCUCUUCUGUGCCGAGCCCUGCAUUAGGAGCUGGUGAUAGAGAGGUGACUAUACACCCUUGGAACCCUGGAGGGACUCGGCCCCAGAGAGGAGUCAUAAGUAGUGACAGCCAGAGAGGAUGGAAGUGACAAGAAAAAGCAACUGAUGAUUAUGCUGGGCAGGGAGGUCAGAGAGAGGUUCACAGAGAAGACUGCAAGGACAGGGUUUGAAGAGACAAGGGUUACUGAUUUAUGGGCAUCUUAUUCCAAAGGACCCAUCCACUCAGUUUUCAUUCACUCAAUGUAUUUAUCAAGCACCUGCUGUGGGUCAGGCCACCCAGCAACUGGUGUCACGGUGGUGAACCAGGCAGCCCCAUUAGGGACAGAAGACGUGGCACCUACCUGUAGGGACAGAAGACGUGGCACCUAGAGCCCACAGUAGGGACUCUAAACUAUGGAAAACAGUCUGGCGAUUCCUCAAAAUGUUAAACAUUAGAGUAACCACGUGACCCAGCAAUUCCAUGCCUAGGUAGAUACCCAAGAGAAAUGAAAACACAUACAGGACAAACGUAUGGACACCAAGGGAGGGGAGGGGAGGCAGGACGAACUGGGAGACUGGGACUGACAUCACACACUACUGAUACUAUGUAUAAAACAGAUAACUAAGGAGAACCUGCUGUAUACAAGGAACUCUAGUCAAUGCUCUGUGGUCACCUAAAUGAGAACAAAAUUUUAAAAAGAGGAGAUAUACGUACACAUUAGCUGAUUUCUUUGUUGUACAGUAGGAACUAACACGACACUGCAAAGCAACUAUACGCCAAUAAAAAUUUAAAAACAAAAAAAAUGUCCACAUAAAAACUCAUCCAUGAAUGUUCCACAGCAGCCCUAUUCACAAU